UCCGGAAAAUAAAUCGUCAAUUGCAUUCAAACACCAAUGGCGUAAACUUAUAAACUUCAAAACUCGUCUGUCACUCAGAUACCAAAAUGGGUGAUACAAGGAAUGUCUUUGGCUUUGAACUUAUACAAGAAAUAUAUAAUAGCCAGAUUACAAAAAAGGAGGAUGUUUUAAUAUUAUUCGUUCAUUGGUAUCUUAUAAAAUAUGGAUUCAGAUGUAUUGGAAUCGGCGAUUCUAAAGCAUUUGAACCAACAGAAAAAGGAUCACAGUUACUUCCAGAAGGAUGGAACACACGUCCAAAUUAUGCAUUACGUUAUAUAAAGGACAGCAAAUUGUUCAUAUUUCAUGGUAUAAAGUCUGAUGAAGAUUUACUUAUAAAUUUGUUGAAAGUCGAUGAUCAAAAUGUGUCCAAUGUUCAAUUUCCAAUUAAUCAGACUGUAAAUGAACUUCAUGGAGCUUUAGAAUCUGUAAUACCUUCAUAUCAAAAUGUUAUAAAUGUAAUUCAGGAAGAUCUUAUACACGCAUUGAUUCCUGGCAAUAUGGUCGUAAAUUCUACUCAAACAAGCUCUACAAAUGAUCGAUCAAGAGACAAUCCAUUAAGGGUAGGAGAGCCGACAUGUCCACCGUCUGCAUCAUAUCCAUGGAACCGUGAUGCUGAUCCUUUAAGAGUAGGCGCUGCAGAUUUAAAUCCAUUUGCCCAGGGUAGUGGUAUGAUCUUUGAUCCAUUUUCAUCACAACGUAAUCGUAUGAACCCAUCUAGACCUGGUUUAGGAGUUCCUGGUAGACUACCACCAGGUGCAGUACCACCAUUUGCAAAAUUUGAUCCUUUUGGCCCGCCAGACAUUAAUCAACCAAGACCACGUCGUGACCCAGACAACGACCACUUACCUCCACCAGGAUACGAUGAUAUGUUUAUGUAAAACAACAGAACAAAAUAUAAGAAAUAAAACAAGUAUACUUACCUAAACCAUA